CGGGGGCUCAGCACGUGUCAGCAUGCAGGUCGUGGGAACGGGAGCCCGCGCAGUGCAUCCGCGGAGGCGCAGUUCUCGCCGCCGCGGGGGGAGCCAUCUUGGCGCAGGGGCGACCGUCAAGCCCCCGGCCUGCCGAAGGGUGGGAAGAGGGGGCUGCCUAGGAGAGAGGGGCGGCGGCGGCGGCGCUGGCAGAGGCUGGGCCAGUUCCUGCGGGCCUCCUCCAUCACAAGCGGAGCCAUGGCCGCCGAGGGGAGCUUCCCUGCUCGGAGGCAGUCUAUCUGAGAGUGCCAGGGGCUGCGCUUGUGCGCCCCAAGCCGUGGCUUUCUCGGGGAGACUCGGCGGCGGCGGCGGCUCCUCCUCCUGGCGGCUUCUCCGUGCCAGGCGGGACAGUUUCCAGAGCAGCGCUGCCUGCUGCAAGAACCAAGCCGCUCGGGUGCGUGUCGGAAAAGGGGACAAGCCUGUGACAUACGAGGAAGCCAACCCACCCCACUACAUUGCUCACCGCAAGGGCUGGCUCUCUCAGCACACCAGUAACCUGGACGGCGAGGGGGGGGCGGCCGAGCGCGCCCUGGAGGACGUCUUCCUCCGCAGGUUCCUCUACGGCACCUUCCACGGCUGCCUGGCCAGCGAGGUCGUGCUGAAGCGGCAGGCCAACCUCCUGCGGGUCUGCGCCGUCUUCGUGCAGCGGCUGCCGCCCUCCAAGUUCUACUUCCUGAUUGGCUACACCGAGACGCUGCUCUCCUUCCUCUACAAAUGCCCAGUCAAGCUGGAGGUGCAGACGGUCCCGGAGAAGGUCGUCUACAAGUGCCUGUAGGCCUGUCUCCAGCGGCGCCGGCCCAAGGCCCAGCGGGACUCCUCCCUCCGCCCGGGCGGGCGGGAGUGGGGGGCUGCGUGCCACCCCGGGGCCCUCGCUGCAGGCGGCUCCGCUGGAUGAACGGCCUCUGGGGGGGCUGCGACAGCAGCAGAGACUGAGGGGCUUGCUGGGGGGGGAGGGGGCGGCUGCCACUGCCCCCCAAACAAUGCGUCUUUGCUGCCCCCACUCCUGGCUCCUCCCAGUUCUUCCUCCCACCCCCUCUGGUUGGCACAGCUGGGCCUGAAGCUGCUGGAAGGGGGGGGGCCUCAUGCUGGGUCCGUUGCCCCUGGCAGGGGCUGGAAGCACUUCCCUUGCCCCCCCCCCCGCCUUGGAGCUGGGACUGAGGACCCUUCAGAGCCUCCCUCCCCCUGCCUUGGGAGGAGCUCAGGCCCCACGGGAAGCGCUUCCUGCCUCAAGAGGGGAACGGCCUCUGCUGUUGGAGGCUGGGGAGAGGGGACCCUUCUCUCACUCACCCCCCCACCACCCCCCCAGGCUCCCCAUGGAAAUUGGCUGUCCAGGCAGCUGGGCUCCCCACAUGUGCCCUGCAGAACCGGCCGGGGGGGGGGGGGCCUGCAGCUGAGCCCUAAUGUUGAUCAUCUCAGAUCACAGAGGGGAUCCGGGGGUGGGGCGGGGGGCUGCUGAUCGCCCUGGAAGUUCCGGCCUUGCCGAGGUGGGCAUGCAGCCGCCAGGCCUGGGGGGGUCUCCCCCUCCCUGCUGCUGAGACAGGGCCUUCCGUCGUCGUCACCGGUCAGGCAGGCCAAGGUGCCACUCUGCACGAGAGGAGGAGUCCUCCUGGCUGGCUGGCUGGCUUCCUCUGUGGGGAGGGGGGGCUGGGCUGGGCCCUGCCCCUGGCAACAGGCUCGGGGGCUCCUCCCAGGGUGCCAGCUGGAGCCAGGCUGCCUGAGCCUCCAGGCCAGGAGCCACCUGGCUGCCCUUCCCAGCUGGCCUUGGGCUCACAGUCCUGGCCACCUGGCUGCUGCACCCAGUGACUCCCGGGAAGAGCAUGUGAUGGCACAUCCGCCGCUCUGGGGCGGCCAGCGGAGUGAAUCAUUGACAGCUGUCACUGGGGCAGGGAUGGCUGGGGGCCAAGGAUGGGCAGCCUCGGGCCCUGCUGCUGCUGCUUCUCCGGGGGGGGGGGGCAGAGGUGCACCCAGAGCUCUGUGGCAAUGGGCCUGCUUGCUUGCUUGCUUGCCUCCUUCCUGGAAAUGUGCUUGUGGCGCAACUUGGAGGGUAAUGGGGUGCGGUGGGCGGACUCCAGCCCUGAGUGCAUCCAGAUCCCACCCCCAGCCCCAGCAUUUGCUCCUCACCCACCCCCCAAAAGCAACAGGAGGGAGGGAGGCUUUAUAGGCUCCUGUAGAAGUUGUUUCGACAAGGCAAUUAAUUGUACAAUCCAAGGAAUGUUCCCUGUUCUGUCAGCUGGAGAAAUUCCAUGGAGGUCAAUAAAGUCCGCCUGGGCAGGCGUCCCCCACGGCUCUCUC